AUGUCUCCUCCGGAGAAUGAGAUGGGUGCGGUGGCGGUGACGGCUCCUCCGACGCCAGGAACGCCGGGAGGACCGUUGAUCACGGGGAUGAGAGUGGAUUCAAUGUCGUUCGAUCAUCGGAAAUCGAUGCCUCCAUGCAAAUGUUUGCCGGUGAUGGUUCAAAACGACACGUGCUUCACCGAUUUUCCCUCUCCUGGUGUCUCCCUCACUCGCAAGCUUGGGGCUGAGUUCGUAGGAACAUUCAUCUUGAUAUUCACAGCCACAGCCGGUCCAAUUGUGAACCAGAAAUACGACGGAGCUGAAACCCUAAUCGGUAACGCCGCAUGCGCAGGACUGGCAGUGAUGAUCAUUAUUCUCUCAACCGGUCACAUAUCAGGGGCUCACUUAAAUCCAUCAUUGACCAUAGCAUUCGCAGCUCUAAGGCACUUUCCUUGGGCCCACGUACCUGCUUACAUAGCGGCCCAAGUCUCAGCUUCCAUAUGCGCUUCAUUCGCACUCAAAGGAGUUUUCCAUCCUUUCAUGUCCGGAGGUGUGACUGUUCCGUCUGUUAGUGUUGGACAAGCCUUCGCUCUUGAGUUUAUCAUCAGUUUCAUUCUCCUCUUUGUUGUUACUGCCGUUGCCACCGAUACUCGUGCCGUUGGAGAAUUAGCUGGUAUAGCUGUUGGAGCCACUGUCAUGCUCAACAUUCUUGUCGCAGGGCCAUCGAGUGGUGCAUCAAUGAAUCCCGUUAGGACUCUAGGACCAGCCCUUGCAUCAGGAAACUACAGGUCUCUUUGGGUUUACCUGGUAGCUCCUACACUUGGUGCCAUAUCUGGAGCAGCCGUGUACACAGGUGUCAAGCUUAACGAUAACGUGACUGACCCGCCACGUCAGGUUAGGAGCUUCCGUCGAUAAGUGAAAGACUUGUUACUGUUAUUGUAUAAUUCAUAAAAAUGUAAUGAUAUGAAAAGCUUUGGAAGCUUGUGUGAAGAAUAAAAGGCGAUGUGACUACAAGUCCACGCUCUAUGUAUACAUAGCAUCGGUUUUAUAAAUCGGAUGUGAACUCGUCUCGUCAUUGUCAAAUUAUGUUUUGUGUGAUGAUACACUUUGUUUGGUGUGGGUUUCUUUGUUAGUUUGAUGUUGUACGUGUAAGAAUAUUUUACAUUCUAAGAAUAUUUUAUAUUGUAAGAAUAUUUUAUAUUAUGUAUGACCUAUGUGUCUAUUGGUUUAAUAUAAAUUUCAAGUUCA